GAUGAUGUAAAAAAAUUUGUUAAGUACAAAUUACUGUUGGAUUAAAAAUCUUUUGUGGGCACAUAUGUAUAAUGUAUAUGCUAUUAUAAAGUGUGAUACAAAAUUAAGUGACCAAUUAUGUUAUGGGUAUCAAAAGGGUAUUAAAGUGUCAUGGAAUUAAUGUGUAGAUACCAUAAGUUAAUUUAUAAUUUGUUGAGGGGCCAAAUUAUAAAUACCCAAGAGUUAUUCUAAGAUGACUCUAUAAAUAGGUAGUGGUCCCCAAGAAACACUAGGGUUUCUGUAUUCUCUCCUUCUCCAUCAGAGAAAAUACCUAAGAAAAUAGUGUAUUCUUGGAAGAUCAAAACCUUCUCUGCAAUCUCCAACAAUGGCUUCAGCUAGUUCAUCUUCUGCUGCUUCAAUAUCUGCUAACAUUAAUUCUAUUCCUAUGCUUAAUGGGACCAAUUUCAAGGAUUGGAAAAGGAACCUACUUAUAGUUCUGGGAUGUAUGGAUUUGGACCAUGCACUAAGGAAUGAACAACCUGCACCUCUCACUAAGGAAAGUUCCCAUGAUGAUAAAAGGGAAUUUGAGAGGUGGGAUCGUUCAAAUCGCAUGAGUCUAAUGAUUAUGAAACACAGCAUUCCAGAAGCCUUUUGGGGCACAGAAUCCGAAGGGGUUACUAUGGCUAAGAAUUUCCUUGAACAAAUUGAGGAACGUUUUGCUAAAAACGAUAAGGUUGAAAUGACAACACUUCUUGGUUCUUUAAUGAACAUGAAGUAUAAGGGUCAAGGAAAUGUAAGGGAGUACAUUAUGGAAAUGCAUCAUAUUGUCUCAAGAUUAAGGACACUUAAGAUUGAGCUUUCGGAUGAUGUACUUGUACUCAUGGUUUUGUUAACGCUUCCUCCACAGUUUAACCAAUUUAAAAUUAGUUACAAUGUCAAAAGGAGAAAUGGACUCUCAACGAGCUUAUUUCUCAUUGUGUGCAAGAGGAAGAAAGGUUGAAAAAGGACAAAACCGAAAGUGCUCAUUUGGCCACUACUCCUAAGGAUAAGGGCAAGAAAAGGAAAUUUGAGAAUGAAGCUGCUAAGGGUCCAGUUCAAAAGAAACAACAACAGGAUUCUAAGGGUUGUUUCUUUUGUGACCAACUGGACAUGUGAAGAAAGAUUGUGCCAAAUAUCACGCAUGGCGUGUAAAGAAAGGGUUGCCUGAGCUACCGAAAGCCAAGUGAUGGUGAAAGAUACAUCUUUGUGGGCGAUGGUCAAUCGGUGGAAGUGGAAGCAAUUGGGCAUUUCAGAUUGUUAUUAGGAACUGGUUCUUAUUUGGAUUUGAAAGACACUUUUGUUGUGCCGUCUUUUAGGCGGAAUUUAGUUUCUGUUUCUUUGUUGGACAAAUUUGGAUAUUGUUGUUCAUUUGGAAACAAUCAGUUUACUUUGUCUUUAAAUUCAAAUAUUAUUGGAACUGGUUAUUUGAAUACU